GCCAAACCUGGCAAUCGAACACCAACACAUACCAAAAAACACACAAGGAUGGACCCCGACGCCAGCAUCACCCCGGACCAACCCCCGGUAUUCAACUACAUCCUCUCCUUCCUCCUAGUCGGCGUAGCAUGGGGCUUCACAACCCCCUUCAUCCGCCGCGCCGCCGCCGACUUCAACGCGCGCCAGGAGCAACACUCGCAGCCCCAAGCACCCCACCCCGAACCCGACGCACAAGAACUGCAGCAAACAACCGAAGACCCCACGGACCCGAAACCUGAAACCUCAGACGACGAUGAAGACCACCCCUUACCAGCAGCAGCAGCAGCAGCAGCAGCUUCUUCUGCCACAGGCACAACACAGCAACAACAACAACAGCCCGCCUGGAUGCGCUCAUCGCCUUCAACCUCGGGCUGGCUGAAGACAAAAAUCACAUCUCUGUUCUGGACGGUCGUCAAUCUCCUCCGCACGCCCGCGUACUCGGUACCCUUGAUUAUCAACUUGACGGGCAGUAUUUGGUUCUUCCUCCUUGUUGGGAAACAUGAACUCUCCCUGACGGUUCCGCUGGCUAAUUCGAGUGCGUUUCUCUUCACCGUUCUGGGCGAGUGGUACGUGGAGCGGAAAGUGAUUGAGAAGGAAACUUGGUUAGGGAUGGUGCUUGUGUUGGGUGGGAUUGCUAUUUGUGUUAAGUCUAAGAGUUAGAGAUAUGAUACCUAUUUGUAGACCUGGGAUGUGUAUAUGUAUAGGUGAUACUGGGUAUAGAAUAGAAGGUUAUGAUGUACUUGGUUGGAGGAAAUCAAAAAGGGCAAAAAAUGAGUGCAUCAUCCGUGAAUCGAACACGGGCCUCAUCGAUGGCAACGAUGAAUUCUACCACUAGACCAAUGAUGCUGCUGAGC